GUUAAUAUUUCAGGUAUGGAGCACAACUUCGAGCAUUACGAUAGAAACAUCGUACACAACAUGGGUUUGCCUUACGAAUACACAAGCUGUAUGCACUAUGGACCGUACGGAUUUAGCACGAACGGAGAGCCUACUAUCGUACCAAUAAGGAGUUUCGAAGGUGUGAUGGGUCAGCAAGAAUACGUAACUGAAUACGACUGGCUUAGAACGAGAAGACACUACAAUUGUCCCAAUGGAUGGUCUAGAGACAAUCCUGAGUUAGAGGAGCAGAAAGUUAACUUCGUCGAAGAAGGUCAAGAGGUCCCAUAUGAUGAAUAAAUGGAUGACUAAAGGA